AUGCUAGCGGUGGCGGCACAGGAGGGAGCUGAGCAGCAGCGUGGGUGGAAGGGGGGCGCAACGGCAGGGAGUGGCAGGGAAGCAGCAGCAGCAGCAGAAGCAGGAAUGUCAGGUUAUGGCAGCGUUACUCUUGCGCGCAUACAGGAGGCAGUGGCCUGCUCGUUGCAGAUACCACCCUCCCUGGUUGCACCUGACUCUGAUUUCUUCUCCCUGGGUGCGUCGUCUCUCUCCCUUGCCCUCGUGGCACUUCGCCUGGGCGUCACCCUGCCGUUGCUGCUCGCCUUCCCCUCGCCUCUGCGCCUCAUGCAUGCGCUGAGGGGGGAAGGAGGUGGCAGGGGGGUGCUGGAGGGGCGUGGAGGGAGGGAGGGGUUCGUGAAAGGGAGAAUUGAGGAAGGGAGAGUAGAGGAAGGGGGAAUUGAGGAAGCGAGAAUAGAGGAAGGGGGAAUUGAGGAAGCGAGAAUAGAGGAAGGGGGAAUUGAGGAAGCGAGAAUAGAGGAAGGGGGAAUUGAGGAAGCGAGAAUAGAGGAAGGGAGAGUAGAGGAAGGGAGAAUCGGGAAAGGGAGAAUAGAGGAAGGGAGAGAAGUGGAAGGGCAAAGGGAGAAAGGGAGAGAAGUGGAACGGAGAGCAGAGGAAGGGAGAAUAGUGGAAGGAAGAAUUUUGGAAGAGAGAGAAGUGGAAGAACGAGGUGAUUGGUGGGGGGAGAGGAGAGAGGGAAGGGCAAAUGGGAGAGGAGACGUUGGAAGGGCAGAGGAAGCCAAGGGGAGUGCAGGAGGGCGAGGGGUGAAGCGGAAGAGGAAGGAGAUAAAAGGCACGAUGGAUGUCAACGCUGCCGUGGCUGUAGUGGAUAGGGACAGCACGAUGCUGAGAGAUACUGGCACAGGCGGUGAGCAAAGUAGAGCAGUAGCAGCAGCAGCGCUUGUGAGUGUGACACGAGCAGGAGGAGUAAGCGUGUGGGACAGUGGAGGCGUGCUGGUGUGGGGGAGUGAGGAGGGAAUCGUAGGUCUAGAUAGAGGCUUUUCAGCAGCAGCACAUGUACCAGCAACAGCAGACACAUCAGCAGCCGUAGAAGCAGCAGCAGCAGCACCAGCAGCAGCAGCACCAGCAGCAGCAGCAGCAGCAGCAGCAACAGCAGCAGCAGCAACAGCAGCAGCAGCAACAGCAGCAGAGAGACCAACUGUCACUGCUUCCACUACCGCCCCCGCUGGUGGUGCUGAGAUUGCAAGCAAUGCGGGCAGUGGUGGUAGUGGUGGCAGUGGUGGCAGCAGCAGGGAGUGCAUGGAAGUGCAGUGGAGUAUGGGCACAGGAGCAUGUGUGGAUGCAUCGCCUCUCCUUGUGUGUGCCAACGGCACAUGGCUCUGUGUCAUUGCAUCGCACUCUGCCACUGUCCUAUGCUGUAACCUCAGGUGCGUGCUGCCAUACAUGCUGCUCAUGCCUUUCCCACCCACCUCCUCUCAAACUUCUCCCAUACACGCUGUGCCCCGCCCUCCAUUUGUUGCCAAGUUCCCUGUCUGUUUCUGCCUGGUCAUUCGCCCCAUCACUCCCUCUCAACCGCACUCUCAAGUCCCCUCACUCCGCUCUCACUCUUCCCCUCGCUCCUCCCCCCGCCCACCCCACCCGCCCAUCGCCCCUCAUCCACCUCUCCCUGUGGCGUGCGGUCACCAUGCAGCGGCAAGGAGGUCAAAUGCACACCCUUGGUUGACCCAUGGCGCCCUCACCUCCUCUGGUAUACCCUCGGCUUGGUGCGGAUCCCAUGAUAGGCACAUUUAUGUGCUUCAUGCUGCCCUGCGUUGCUGCCUCUGGCGCCGUUCCCUCUCCCCUCCUGCUGCCUUCUUUGCCUCUCCUGUUGCCCACCUGCCAUCUCGGCAUGUCAUCAUAAGCACCACAUCCCCACGCGGCACUGUAGCUGCCUGCCGUUCCUCUCCCUCCUCCUCCUCGCCCUCCUCCCCCACGGCUUCCCCUACUCAUCCCCGUGCCGCUCGCACUGCCUGUGGUAGUAGCGGGGGGGUGGGGAUUGGUGCAGACAGUGGCAUGGGGAGAGGGAGCGAGGGAAGUGGGAGGAGCGGAUGGGGGGGAGGGGUGGCAGCGCAUGGGUUGGCAGUGGUGUGGCAGCAGGCAGUGGGUGCGCCAGUGUUCUCCACUCCUGCCUGUGUCCGUGAGCACGUGGUGGUUGCCACCGUGGCUGGCACUGUAGCAGGAGUCAAUGUGUCCUGUGGUCGCAUAGACUGGCAGGUGGCAGUGGGAGCGCCAGUGUUUGCACCCGUGGCACACAUGGGCAGUGCAAGGAGUGCAUGGCCCGUGCAACAUGUGCUUGUAGCUGUGCAGAAUGGGGCCGUUCUUUGUAUGGAUGGGGCGGCGGCGGCGCAGCCUCUGAUAACGCAGCAGCAGGUGCAGGAGUGGGUGCAUGAGGCGAGCGGCAUCCUGGGGGCCAUCCGGCGACUAGGCCUGCCUGCAACGAGCUGGCGCAACAAGAUGCCGUACCGUGUGCCCCGCGCAGAGCCGCUUGCUCGAGGCCUCAAGUGGCCGGAGCAGCACGAGUUUGCGAACGAGCACGAGAAGCGCGUGUUCCUGCGCAGCCAGCGGCGGCUGCAGCCGUUCCUGCUGGGGGACAUCCCGCAGUGGUCGUGGUUCGCUGCAGACGUGGCUCUGCUCUUCUUCCUCACGUACGAGCCGCGCUGGCCCUGGGCGCUGGACUGA